AUGUGGGGAUUGCCCCUGAUUCUGCAGAGCGACAACGGCCCCCCAUUCCAAAGUAGUGCUUUCAUUGAAUACUGGGAAAAUAAAGGGGUGAAAAUUCGCAAGUCGAUACCUUUAUGGCCACAGUCGAAUGGGGCCGUGGAGCGACAGAAUCAGGGGAUAAUCAAAGCGGUAUCCGCCUCCAAGUUAGAAGGCACCAACUGGAGACACGCUUUGCAACACUAUGUUCACAACCACAACAAUUUGAUUCCGCAUUCUCGGCUCGGUGUGACCCCCUUUGAGCUACUGGUCGGUUGGAAGUUUAGGGGUACUUUCGUCAGUUUGUGGAAACCAACCCAGCUGGAUUACGAUGAACUGCAGGAGAAAGAUUCUGAAGCCAAACUGAUCAGCAAACAACACACGGACGCUGCACGGGGAGCGAAGGAGUCAACCAUCAAGCCAGGAGAUACGGUUCUUGUGUCCCAAGCACGGAAAUCGAAGACAGAUCCAACAUUUUCCGGAGAGCGUUUCAAGGUCCUAGCCAGAGAAGGAGCGAAAAUAGUAGUCCUCAGUCGUAGCGGCGUGCAAUAUACCCGGAACGUGCAAGAUGUGAAAUUAGCACCACCGGAACCUCUCGUUGAUCAGCCAGCAGAACUAGAACCGAGCGCUGCAUCGGAAGCCAUACCAGGCACUUCUUCCAAGAUUGGAGAUAGUUUUUCGGGACCUGAUCCAUCGACUCGUGAGCCAUCGGAGUUGAUUCCAUCGUCGCGCCAAGAAACAGGAAGACACUUCCGAGACCGUUCCAAAGUCAAGAAGCCGGCAAGAUUCGACGACCGAUUUGUGUACUUCGUGUACGAUUGA